CAAGCCGAAUUGUAAAUUAGGCGGUUUCAUUGGCUAAAACAAUUUUGACGUCUGCACCAAUUACAAAUCAGAAUUAAAGACACGUAAUUUCCGUACUAACUUGCAGUUUAUUUAUUCAAUCAGUCUGACUCUUAAAACUUCACUCCCAUAGGAGUCAUACAAAUAUUAUGAGCGUUGUAAGGAGGGCACAUAUCUGUAAUCUCCGAAGCAUAGUUCUUCUGCGUCAUGCCCGAGCCCGCCAAGUCCGCGCCGGCCUCGAAGAAGGGCUCCAAGAAGGCGGUGACCAAGGCGCAGAAGAAGGACGGCAAGAAGCGCAAGCGCAGCCGCAAGGAGAGCUAUUCUAUCUACAUCUAUAAGCUAUCUAUCUACAUCUACCUGCUGAAGCAGGUGCACCCCGACACGGGCAUCUCGUCCAAGGCCAUGGGCAUCAUGAACUCGUUCGUCAACGACAUCUUCGAGCGCAUCGCGGGCGAGGCGUCGCGCCUGGCGCAUUACAACAAGCGCUCGACCAUCACGUCCAGGGAGAUCCAGACGGCCGUGCGCCUGCUGUUUCCCUUGGGAGCUGGACCUCCAAAUAAUCCUGACAAAAUGUCUUCAUAUAUGUCCCCUAAGACACUUAAGAGCCAGCCAGCUUUUCGGCGUAAGUUGUAAUGGCUUUAAGAGUUAAUGUAACAGCUGAAGGUGUUUUGCUUUGCUUUGCUGAAAAUGUUAGGCUUGCGGUUGUGUGGUGCUAGCAGUUCAAAACAUACUUUUUCACUGGUUGUAAGAGAAAGGUAGGAAUACAGUUAAUGGCAGGAUGGAUUUCUCUUGUCUCUACUUCCCAUUUUGACUACACGCCUGGCUCCGGUGGUACAGAGAUGUUUCACUGAAGCUCCUUCCAUGUAGUGUCCUUUACACAUUGGUUCUAUGAAAAGCCAAGAGGGCUUAAGAAAUUUGCAGUGCUGUUUUUGUUACUGGUAUGUUAGGUUAAAAAGAAACUCGUUUAUUUCCAGAUUCAUGGACUUCUAUGCUUAAGGCAAUACAAUUUGCAAAUACUAAUGGGAUCAAGGCAAUGCAUGAAAAUUGAAAAACAAAUCUCGCUGACUACAAGAUGGGCUUAUUUAAUUGUAAUGAGAAUUUUCCCAAGACUUGUUUAAUGAUCAGGGAGACCAUUGGCAAAAUCCCACAUUGCAGUAAUGAUGCUGGCAGUGUGGGAAAGAAAUACCUUUUAGAGAUAUUUUGGUGCCUCUCCCUUAAAAUUAUUUUCCUCCAGAGUGGAUUUUAAAUCAGCUUCUUUCUAUCUUGGUCAACAAAAAUUCUUUUUAAACUAAAAAAAAAAAACAAACAACAACAAAAAAAAAAAAAAACCUCAUGUUAUUCUGGUAACCUACCACUGCCCUGGCAUAUGCAAACAUAUAUAACAAUAAGGGAAACUUAAACUUUUUUCCAUGUAAUUAGAAACCUACUUAAAGUUAUAAACUCCCAUGAAUGGUAUCCCUCCCACUUGAAUUAAAUGCUAAGAAUGUACAUAUAAGAAAUUUGUACAGAUUCAACCCAAAUAGGAAAAUUACUCUAUUCUUGUAUAAUUUCCUUCAUGAAUAACAAACUGUCUACUCCCUACACGACACAAAUGUGCAUGCGCACACACACACGACACACACAAAUGACACACAAAGAAUAUAUGCAUCUUGAAACAAAACAAAAGCAACAAGGAGAGAAAUGUAAAAGAAUGAAAAACAGUCUAAUUGGUUUUCAAAUACCAGAUUGCCGUAUAUGAGAGCUUUUAUUGUUAUAGCCAAUUUUUGCUUUAUGUAGUCCCAGAAGUAAAUAAAUAUCUAAACAAGGUAUAUAUGACCUUUCCCGGAGUCCAUAAACACCCUGAAAGUACCUAUGGUAGUUUGUCCAUAUGUCUUCCCCCUCGUAGAGCAGAAAGUAUAUCCUUUUCUAUCAAAUUCUAAAAACACUAUGACCCAUUGUGCUGGGCAGAAAACUGCCAUCCCGAUUAUAUUUAACUCCUAAUUUAUAAGGGUCUGAAUAUGUUAGGUUCCAUAACAGAGGGCAAUAAAUGUUGCAGAUGGCACUAAGAUUCCUGAUUACCUGAUUUUUUUAAAGGGAGAUUAUCCUGAAUUAUCCAUGUGAGCCCUAUGUAAUCACGUGGAUACUUAAAAUUGGAAGAGGUCAACUGAAUACAGAACCAGAGAGGUAACAGCCCGAGGAUUUGGCCAGAGGUCACUGGCAUUGAAAAUUGAGAAAGGCAGCCCUGUGCCAAGGAAAGAUGAUAGCCUCCAGGAGCUGGAAAAGGCAAGCGAACAAAUUUUCUUUGAAAGACCCCUGAAAAGGCCAAAUUCCUGACCCCUUGAUUUUAGCUCAGUGAAAUCCAUACCCAAAUGCUGAUCUACAGAACUAUGAAAUUAUAAAUUUGUACUGAUUUAAGCCACUAAAUCUGUGAUAAUCUGUCAGACCAACAAUAAGAAAUUAAUACACCCACAUAAUUUAGGAAUUAGUGAUUCUGUAUUCAGUGACAUUAAGAUUACAACUACAUGUAUGUGUAAAUAUAAAUGUAUAAAUAGUAGAAUUAUUAUACAUGCAAAUUCUUCCUAAAUAGUGUAGGCUCCCAUGAUGCUGAAGUAUCUAUAAUUUCGAGAACAGCAUUUUAUAUUUCCUUUUUUUCCUUGGUGUUUAAAAUGUCUGGAUUUAAAAGCAGCAACUCUUAUUUCAUGGAGUAACAUUUGCCCCACUCAUUGUAGUAUUACUUCUAAUUAUAAUUCUACUUCAAAAUGCCUCCAUUUAUUAUAUAUAAAGUAUGGGAGAAAUGGAAAAUUAUACUCAAUGUUCAUAAAAAAAAGUGUCA